AUGCCGCCCGGCGCAGCAGGCCAAUCCGGGGCGCCGAUGUCGCAGUACUUGCACUUCGACUUCGAGCCGCCCUCCGACCUGCCGCGUGCGAGGCACUACAUCCUGAUGGUGCAAUUCAGCCUGAUGUCGCUCUACGGCAUGCUGCGGGUGGCGCCCCUCGGCCUCCCCCAUCUGCUGCUGGUGAUGUUCGGCCAGACGACGGCGAUGUGCUACGUCUUGCGGCAGGUGCCGAUCUACAUUCGCACGAGGGCGGCGCUCUUCGACCUGACGCAGACGUCGCUCAUCGGCCUUCUACGAAUGUUGCUCUUCGGCCACGUUCACUUGUUGUUGAUGUUGCUCUUCUGCCAGUCGACCGGACGCUUCAGCCUGCUGAUGGUGAGGCUUGUCGGCCACCUGCAGGCGAUGCCCCUCGGCCCCCCGAUGGAGUUCCUCAGCCACUACAGUCCGCUGCUGGUGAUGUGCGCCCGGACGACGGCGAUUCCCUACGGCAUGCGGCAGGCGCUGAUCUUCGACCGCACGAGGGCGACGCUCUUCGACCUGACGGAAGCGCUGCUCGUCGACCAAUUGCGGAUGCUGAUCGGCCAGUUAUGCCUGCUGCUGGCGCUGUACUUCUGCCUGUCGACCGGACGCCCCAGCCUGCUGAUUGCGAGGCCCUUCGGCCACCUGUAG